GUAUUCUCCUAAACUAGUGUCUGGUUAAAGAAAGACUAGCUCAGCCAUGUGAAUGUGUCUGUUGAACAGCUGAAGGGGGGAUACAGCCUACAGAGAGAGAGAACGUGGAAUGUGUGCAUAUGAAAGGGGGAGCGAGGAGGAGGAGGGAGAGCGUGUGUGUGUGUGUGGAAAAAAAGAGGAAGCAGAGGCUGUGAACGAAAAGCGAACUUAAUGAUUUCCUACCUUCCCGAACUAGACCUCUCAAUCUAACCGAUAUACUUUUCAACGCGCAAGAUAUCAAGGAGAUACACCACGGCGAGAGAAAAAAGGGGGAAACGAAGGCGAACCGUGUGUGUGUUUGUGUUUAAAAAAAAAAAAGGCUGCCUCGACGAUUUGUACGUGAUUACAUGAUCAAAGUGAGUGCAGGCCGUCUUUUGUUGAGGCAAAGAGUGGCGGUUUUCCUGUGUAACAGCUAAAAGGAUAAACGUGUAUGUGCCGGAUUUGUUUCAGCCCUCUGGUUUCUUGGACUUGGCCCAGCACACGGAGUUCAUUCUGCAUGGUUGUCCUUGGCGAGGAUUUGGUUUUUUGAAGUUGCUUUGGAAGUCUAGAGUCCUCAGACUGGCGGCUUUUCUGGAACACUGGGGCUGUUGGUGUGGCUGAAUUUUCCCUGGAUUUGAUUGGUCAAUUCAGAAGACUGAAGCCCAGGCUGACAGUCUACCUUUCACGGAGGCCCAGCCGUGAGAGGACUGAGGAAGGCACGUGGCGAAUCAUGACCGCGGACAAAGACAAGCCAGACAGAGAGAAGGACAGGGACAGAGACCGAGACAGGGAGAGGGACAGAGAGAGGGACAGAGACCGGGACAAGAGGGACAAAGCGUCCAGGGAGAGCGAGAGCUCACGACCGCGCCGCAGCUGCACGUUGGAGGGCGGAGCUAAGAACUACGCCGAGAGCGAGGACGAGGAUAACGAGAACAGGGGAGGUGCCGGGGCAGUAGGCGGGAUCAACAUGGGGAUGGGGGAGGAGUCAGGGAAGAAGGGAAAGAAGAAGAUGAUCAAGAAGAAGUCGAGGUAUGAACGGAUGGAGAACGGAGAGAUCACUUCCUUCAUUACUGAAGACGACGUUGUUUACAGACCUGGCGAUUGUGUAUAUAUGGAGAGCCGCAGGCCCAACACUCCCUACUUCAUAUGUAGCAUUCAGGAUUUUAAACUGAGUAAACGAGACCAUCUGUUACUCAGUGUUAAAUGGUAUUACCGUCAGUCAGAGGUCCCUGACUCAGUCUACCAACACCUGGUGCAGGAUCGCAACAAUGAGAAUGAUUCUGGCCGGGAGCUGGUCAUCACAGACCCAGUGGUCAGGGGCAGAGAACUCUUCAUCUCCGACUAUGUGGACACUUACCAUGCUGCUGCCCUUAGGGGGAAGUGUAACAUUGCCCAUUUCUCAGACAUCUUCGCUGCCAGGGAGUUCAAAGCUCGCAUCGACUCCUUUUUCUACAUCCUGGGAUACAACCCAGAGACCAGGCGACUAAACAGCACACAGGGGGAGAUCAGAGUGGGGCCCAGUCACCAAGCCAAGCUUCCUGAGUUGCAGCCCUUCCCCUCCGAGGCCCCGGGGGUCCUGACUCAGGCUGUAACAGAGAAUGAGGAGCUAGUGUGGAUGCCAGGGGUCAACGACUGUGACCUGCUCAUGUACCUCAGGGCUGCAAGGAGCAUGGCGGCCUUCGCUGGGAUGUGUGACGGAGGUUCUACAGAGGACGGUUGCCUAGCAGCCUCGCGAGACGACACCACACUCAACGCACUCAACACGCUCCACGAGAGCUGUUACGAUGCAGGCAAGGCCCUACAGCGCCUGGUCAAGAAGCCCGUUCCCAAACUCAUAGAGAAAUGCUGGUCAGAGGACGAAGUGAAGCGGUUCAUUAAAGGGCUCAGACAGUACGGCAAGAACUUCUUUAAGAUUCGGAAAGAGCUGCUACCCAACAAGGAAACGGGUGAGUUGAUAACCUUCUACUACUACUGGAAGAAGACUCCUGAGGCGGCGUCGUCCAGGGCCCACCGUAGACACCGUCGCCAGCCUGUGUUCCGACGCAUCAAGACACGCACUGCCUCAACCCCCGUCAACAUCCCGUCUAGACCCCCCUCCUCAGAGUUCUUGGACCUGAGUUCAGCCAAUGAAGAUGACCUGGACAGUGAAGACAGUGAGCAGGAGCUGAAGGGUUACGCCUGCAGACACUGUUUCACCACCACCUCUAAGGACUGGCACCACGGGGGCAGAGAGAACAUCUUGUUGUGUACGGACUGUCGUAUCCACUUUAAGAAGUACGGCGAGCUGCCCCCCAUCGAGAAGCCAGUCGAGCCGCCUCCGUUUAUGUUCAAACCCGUCAAAGAGGAUGAGGAUGGACUCAGCGGCAAGCAUAGCAUGAAGACCCGACGCAACAGAGGAUCGAUGUCGACGCUCCGUAGUGGCCGUAAGAAGCAGACAGCCAGCCCUGAUGGACGAGUGUCUCCAACCAAUGAGGACCUCCGGUCUAGUGGCCGUACCUCCCCCUCUGCAGCCUCCACAGACAGCACUGACAGCAAGACAGACCCCAUGAAGAAACCCAGCAAGAAGAUCAAGGAGGAGUCUCCUAUGAAGUGUGCCAAACGCCAACGAGAGAAAGGAGGAGCCUCAGACACCGAGGACACGGACAACAGGACAAUCGCAAAAAAGUCCAAGACCCAGGAGCUGGGUCGGUCCGACUCGCCGUCAGAGGGCGAGGGCGAGAGCUCAGACGGGCACAGCGUCAACGAGGAGUGUAGCAGUGACGCUAAAGACAUCGACCAGGAUAACCGCAGCUCCUCGCCCUCCAUCCCCAGCCCCCGAGACGGGGAGAGUGACUCGGACUCCUCCGCCCAGCAACAGCUGCUCCUACUGCAGAGGAGGGAGAGAGAGAGAGAUAGGGAGGGACAGUCGCAGCACCCUCCGGUUAUCCAGUCCUGUCAGCCAGGGACCUCCGGUGGUCGCUCCACCACCCCGCCAUUACCUCCCACGUCCUCCACAGCCCCCACACUGGUCCCCCAGGUGUCCUCUCCCACCGCAACCCCCAUUUUCCUUCCACUGCCGCUACCGCCUCCCAUGCCCCAACAGGCCGGCCCCCUCUCUCUCAACCAAUCAGGGGUGUCCAUCCACCCCCAGAGGCGGCCCUCUCCUUCACCUCAUUCUCCGCUGCAGGGGAUGUCUCAGGCUCCACCCCCAGGACCUCAGGCUCCACCCCCAGGACCCCAGUCGCUACCUAGCGCGCUCCACGGCCCACAGCCCCACCCAUUAUCCAUUCCCCACCCACUUCAGGUUGGCCCCUCCCACCUGCCCCACCCCCACUCCCUCCCCCAGUCUCAGGUCCCGCCCUCCCCACUGCCUCUCGGCCAAUUGCAGCAACCGCCCCACAGGGUCCACACGCCUCCCAGCCAAUCGUUGUCCCAGGGUGGAUCGUCCAAUCAACUGCCCCGUGAGCAGCUCCUACCCCAUGCCCCCUCCAUGUCCAUGCCCCACAAGCCCCCUCCCACCACCCCCAUCCCCCACAUGCCCAACCGCGACCCCCAGUCUCACAAACACGGCCCUCCACAUCUAUCGGCCCCCUUCCCCCAGAUGCCCUCCAACCUGCCCCCUCCGCCCGCCCUCAAACCCCUCUCCUCCCUGUCCGCCCACCACCCUCCCCCAGCCCACCCUCCUCCCCUCCAGCUCAUGCCUCAGGGCCCUGGCCAGCAGCUCCAGCCCCCACCAGCCCAGCCCCCUGUCCUCACCCAGUCCCAGAAUCUCCCCUUUCAGAGAGAGAGGCAACCAGCACCCCCUCCUACUCUCUCCGGACCAUCGCAAUCCUCCCACCCCAACACACCCCAACAGCCCCCGUUCCCUCCUCACCCCUUCAACCGUCCUGCCCCCUCCUCUGCUGGCUGCCCUCCCUCGUCCUCGUCUCUACCACCAGGCCUCCAGCCCCCCUCCUCCUUCUCCAUGCCCAUCACCGCCCCCGUCGGCUCCGCCUGCCCAGGUCCUGCCGUCCCGCCUGUACACAUCAAGGAGGAACCUCUUGACGAAUCAGAGGAGCCCGAGAGUCCUCCGCCCCCUCCUCGGAGCCCCUCCCCCGAGCCCACCAUCGUCAACACGCCCAGCCAUGCCAGCCAAUCAGCCCGGUUCUACAAGCACCUGGACCGUGGGUACAACACGUGUGCUAGAACAGACUUCUACUUUACUCCUCUGGCUGCUUCUAAACUGGCCAAGAAGAGAGAAGAGGCGCUGGAGCGGGUCAAGAGGGAGGCCGAGCAGAAAGCCCGGGAGGAGAAGGAGAGGGAGAGGGAGAAGGAACGAGAGAGGGAACGGGAAAGAGAGAAGGAACAGGAGAGAGCUGCGAAAGCCUCCAGUUCGUGUCAUGACGGUCGUAUGGGUGACCCCCAAAUGGGUGGCUCCGCCCACAUGCGUCCUCCCUUCGGGCCCCCUACCUCCAUCGCCGCGGUGCCCCCCUACAUCGGGCCCGACACGCCCGCCCUUCGCACCCUCAGCGAGUACGCCCGCCCCCACGUCAUGUCCCCGACCAAUAGGAACCACCCCUUCUUCGUUUCCCUCAACCCCAACGACCCCCUGAUGGCCUAUCACAUGCCUGGCCUCUACAACGCCGACCCGGGCAUGCGGGAGCGCGAGCUGCGAGAGCGGGAGAUGAGGGAGAGAGAGAUGAGGGAGAGGGAGCUGAGAGAGAGGAUGAAGCCUGGGUUCGAACACAAACCCCCGGAGCUAGAAGGCAUGCACCCCUCUGCUAACCCCAUGGAGCACUUCGCCCGACACGGGGCCAUCUCCUUACCAUCCAUGGCGGGACCACACCCCUUCGCCUCCUUCCACCCAGGUCUCAACCCCUUGGAGAGGGAGCGUUUGGCGUUGGCCGCGGGACCCCAGCUCAGACCAGACAUGAGCUACCCGGAGCGGCUGGCGGCGGAGAGGCUGCACGCCGAGAGGAUGGCGGCGGUGGCCAACGACCCUAUCGCCAGGCUUCAGAUGUUCAACAUCACGCCUCAUCACCACCAGCACUCCCACAUCCACUCACACCUGCACCUUCAUCAGCAGGACUCCCUACACCAAGGCGGUGGUGAAUGUCUUGUGUGCCCUCCAGGUUCGGGGGGGCACCCCCUCGUAGACCCCCUGGCAGGAGGCCCCCACCUCGCCCGCUUCCCUUACCCGCACGGCGCAAUCCCCAACUCCCUCCUGGGACAGAACCCACACGAACAUGAGAUGCUGCGACACCCCGUCUUCGGUACUCCGUACCCCCGGGACCUUCCCCCCCAGAUGUCCGCAGCCCACCAGCUCCAGGCCAUGCAUGCCCAGUCUGCAGAGCUGCAGCGGCUAGCUAUGGAACAGCAGUGGCUGCAUGGACAUCACCACAUGCACGGUGGCCCACUUCCUGGCCAAGAGGACUAUUACAGCCGCCUGAAGAAGGAAAGCGACAAGCAACUGUAACUGACCAAUGGGGGGGGGGGGGGGGGGGGCGCGGAGACACGCAGGAAGUUGCCCUAGGACACAGGAAGUAGUUACAGAACAGUCAGUCAAUCAAAGGAGCCCAACCUCUGCUCCUCCAAUUCUCCUUUACAAAAACAUCGGACGCUGAAGAAGGAGAGGAGGGUUGUUCUGUCGUCUGUUUUCUUUCCCUGUCUGUUUGGGGGGGGUUCUGUUUCCCCCCCCCCACACACAAAAACAUUAAGAAAGACUGUGUUUGGUGUAACUAUAGCCUUCAAGUAGUGACAACGACCUCGAGACUGCAUGAAAACUACUGUAAAGCUUCCACAACGUGUUUCGUAGGUGGUAGAAAUGCAAGACACUUUGUCACUGUUGCUAGUCGACGGGGAAGACGAAGACCAGUAAAAGCAUCGUUCCAGACACAUUAUAGCCGCGGAAAGACUCAGAACAAAGUGCUAUAUUAUUUUAAUACAUUGUUGGAGGUUUUCAUCAUUUUUUACGAAAAGCUGCAGCAUGACGUUAUUGAGUCUGUAAAUAGUAUAUCUAUAUAUAUAUAUAUACACAUACAUAUAUAUAUAUACAUAUAAUUAUUAUUAUUGUUACUAGGUGUGGACUCGGAACCAAGUCAUUUAUAAACCUCCAAUAUGUUAUUGUGUUCUGAAGCAUUAUUCCAUGUUUUAACGGAGGGGGGGGGGGGGGGGGGGGCAGACGGUGGUCCCAGACCUGAUAUACCUUAGAGAGAGGUAUAGUCCCAGACCUGAUAUACCUUAGAGAGAGGUAUAGUCCCAGACCUGAUAUACCUUAGAGAGAGGUAUAGUCCCAGACCUGAUAUACCUUAGAGAGAGGUAUAGUCCCAGACCUGAUAUACCUUAGAGAGAGCGAUAUAGUCCCAGACCUGAUAUACCUUAGAGAGAGCGAUAUAGUCCCAGACACCUAUCAUUAUACACCCCUUAACAAGCACCUGAUUGGCUAACAGAAAGCCUGAACUCACUGUGUUGUUGAGGUAAUGAUUUGACACACUUGGAAGAGGAAUCACUGAGUCAUCUAUGGAUCAGCAUACUGUCCUGCCCUGUCCUACCCUGCCCUGUCCUACCCUGCCCUGUCCUACCCUGUCCUGCCCUGUCCUACCCUGCCCUGUCCUACCCUGUCCUGCCCUGCCCUGUCCUACCCUGUCCUGCCCUACCCUGCCCUGUCCUACCCUGUCCUACCCUGUCCUGCCCUACCCUGUCCUACCCUGCCCUACCCUGUCCUGUCCUACCCUGCCCUGUCCUACCCUGCCCUGUCCUACCCUGCCCCUACCCUACCCUGUAGUUUACAAGCCCCUGAUGCAGACACCAUCUAAAGCACUCAAAAGACGACUGUAUUAAAUCAGCGCUUUUCAUUGGUUUUGACACUCGACUUCAGUGUUGACUUUUUUUUUGAAGAUUAGGCAGAUAUUUAACCCGGGUUUUACAUUAUCGUUGACAAAAAGUGUAUCUAAACUAAGGUGAGGCCCCAACAUGCCUUGUUAAAUGUGUUCUGACUGUGGGUGAGUUGCUAGAGGUAACCAAAGGUGGUGGUUAUGGUUAGUAUUUUCCUCCCUCUACCUGGUCAAGCCAUAUUCACUGUGACACUAACGGGCCUAGCUACAUGGGAGGGGGUCCAGACACU